AUGCUGCACAGCUACCACUACUACAUCCUGGCCGCCGCCGGCCUCGUCGGCAACAUCAACGCCCUGCCCCUGAACAUCAACCUCGGCGCCUACUCCCCCGCCCUGGUGGUCGGUGACGGCGAGAUCUCCUUUGGCGGUAAGAGCGACGUCAACAGCCUGAUGAACGUCCUCGAGGGCGCCGCCGUCAACGCCGCCGCAGGUGUGGCCAACGGACAGCAACCCCCGCCCGCCCAAGCCGCGGCCGUCCAGCAGGCGAGCGACAAGCCCCAGCCCGUCAUCAUCAACCCGGCGCCCGCGGCCAAGGGCCAGCCCCUGACCUCGGACCAGCAGGAGGCCCAGCAGAUUGCGUCCUUCCUCGGCAUCGACGGCAAGCAGAUCGACCCCGCGCCGGGCCCGCCGCCACGGCGCGACCUCUCGGGCUUCGACCGCGCCCUGCGCUACGCCGAGGCCGCCCUCGUCAAGGGCCCCAAGGUCCAGCUCGGUACCGGCGCCGAGGGCUCCGGCGUCGGCAUCAUUGUCGACAACAACCAGCAGGCCGCCGCGCGGCCCGGUCGCGGCACCGAGGAGGGCGCUGCUACUGGCGGCGGCGGCGCGGCUGAGGGGGUCGUUGUCGCGCCGGCUUCGCUGAAGGAGAAGAGGGGUGUUGAGGCGCGGCAGCAGCAGCAGCCGAGGCGGAGGGCCAAGGUUACGACCAUGUAUGUUCGGUCUGGGAUCCCGGCUGGUCUCUCGUCUUCUUCGCCGGAGGUCGUGGCGCGCAGCAUUGCUGCUGACAUUGCGGGGAAUGUCGUUGGCGGUGCGACGGUCAAGCGGGAGGUCGCAGCGCGGGAUGGCGCCUUUGAUUCUGUCAACUUGAAUGUUCCUGGAGAGGGUGUCACUAUGACUUUUGUCGAGACAGCGGAUGAGGAGGCCGAGGAGCCACUUGAUGGGGAGGCGUAG